AUGGCCGACAGAUUCCCCUCGCUGGAGGACUUUGAUUCGGGUGCCCAGACCGACAUCAAGGACUCGGGUGCCUCCCCCUCUGCCGACGACUUCCUGGCCCGCGAAAAGGCCCUCCUUGGCGAGGAUGCCAACCAGUUCGCCACGAGCGAUGAUGCCGUCGCAUUCGGUCCCGGCGACGAUGAUCUUCUCGGUGGAGGCGGCAGCAGCAAUGUCAUCGCAGAGGAGUCCACAUUCGAGUCGCAGUUUCCCGACCUCGCCAACCAGAACGAGGCCGUUGCCCCCGGUGCCAUCCCUGGUGGCGGCAUCACCGCCUCCAGCGUAAACUACAACUCUGGCUACAGCGCCUACGUCGAAGAAGAGGAGGAGCCCGCUGUCAUUCGUGAAUGGCGCGAGAAACGAGACGCCCAGAUCGAGAAGCGUGCGGAGCAGUUCGCGGCGCAGCGCGAGGAGACUGUCAAGGAGGCCAGAGAGAAUAUUGACGAUUUUUACAACAACUACAACGCCAAGAAGGAGAAGCAGAUCUCCCAGGCACGGAAGGAGGCAGAGCAGUUCCUAGCCAGUCGCGAGGAUACCGUCUCUGGGGGAACCAGCUGGGAGAGAAUCGCAAAGCUGGUCGACGUUAGUGGAAAGGGCGCCAAGGGUGGCGCCUCUGGCUCUGGCAAGGAGCGCUUCCGCGAGAUCUUGGUCAGCCUCAAGAAGGAUGAGAAGGCACCCGGAGCUAGUGGUUACUAG